CUGAGGGAUUCCCGCGACCAAUAGACGAAAAGGGGAAACCACGUACUUCCGGUCCGAGGAGUAACCGUCGCGCAAGACUCCGAGUUGCUAGUCGGUUGCGGAGCGAUGGUGCUCGAGGGGACCGAGGUCGGGGUGUGAAGCUGCGCGGAGUCUGGGACACGCAAACCGUCUGCCUGUGAAUAUGAGCAAGGAAGAGCCGCCGCGUCGAGCCGCUUCCUUUAAGUUCACCAUCGACAGCAUUCUCAAUCUGAAGUCGAGCGGACGAGGGUUUGACAGCUGUCACUCGAAGGCGACGCGCGCUCCCGUCCGCGGGGACGCGCUUCCUCUGCAGCGCGAGGACACACUUCAUGAUGGCGCGCGUGCAGAGGUAACCUCCGGAUGCGAGGAUGAAGCCUUCCAGAGCGCCGCCGGCGGAAGCGCAGACACGCACGGAAGCGCGGCGCGCGACAGCGGCACCGAGAAGAGCACGCGGACGGCGGCGAAAAAGAAAACGCGCACCAUCUUCUCCAAGCGGCAGAUCUUCCAGCUGGAGUCCACUUUCGACGCCAAGCGCUACCUGAGCAGCGCGGAGCGCGCGUGCCUGGCCAGCUCUCUGCAGCUCACCGAGACUCAGGUGAAAAUCUGGUUCCAAAACCGGCGGAAUAAAUUAAAAAGGCAGCUGCUGUCGAGUGAAAUGGACGGAGCGAGCGCCGAGUUCAGCGACAGCGCAAAGACAGUGGCGCUUCCGCUUUUCUAUAAAGAAAGCGCUUUAUUAGGAAGAUGUUUAUUACCGACACCUCUGCCGCUCGUGUAUCCCGGAAGCAGCGCGCCUUACUUGUGUCUCUCAAACGCCAACAAAUACUUCGGGCUUUUCGAAGGAGACGUCUGACUUUCUUAAAUCCACUUUUGAAAGGUCACUAUAUUUUUUUGUGCUUGGCAAAAUGAGUGAAAACACCAUGCUUUUAUUUUUUAUUUUAUUUUUUUAUUUUUUUUUAGCAUAAACCUACAAGUAUUAAUUAGUAUAUUAACUUUUUUUUUUUUUUUUUGCAGUGAAAGUUGAGAGAUUAGAAUAUCGGCUUUCAGGGACCUGUUUAUUUCUAUGCAAAGCUGAAAAGCUGAUAUUAUUUAUUUAUAAACUUUAACUAUUUUGAUAUAGCCUAACAUAUUUUAUACUCUUAUGACAUCAUAAUGCGCAGCAGCCAUAUCCGCGCCAGUGCCAAUCAUCCACAGAACAUCAUUACAAACGUUUACACUAUUAUUAUUAUUAUUAUUAUUAUUAUUAUUAUUAUUAUUACAACUUCGCCAAAGAUCCAUGGCUGCAUGUGUGUGUGUUUCUAUAACCUCCUGCAUAUAGGCGUACAUCCCAAACCAGCUCCCAAAUGAAUGUAAAUGCUAUUAAUUUUUGUUAUUCGUUUACUGCAUGUUUAUUUUUAUCAUCUUAAUUUCUCAUUGGUGUAAUGUGGCCAAGUAGCUUACAUUUAGGCCUCUUCACACCUUUUUUUUUUUAAAUUAAAUUUCCUGUUUUACACUUACCUCUCAAGCACUUCUUUUUUUGGUCCUAUAUUUGUAGCACACAGCAAAAUCCCCAGUGUUGGCUGAAUUAAUAUACUUACAGUGCUGACGUAACUCUCACAAGCGUUUAUUUGUGCACACCUUCACUUAUAUAAACACUAUAGGAUUGAAUAUUCUCAUAAAAUAGUGUUCACUGUGUGUUAAAUCAGCACUGGGGUAUUUGCUAUGCCUAGGUUGUAUUCGAAGGCCCUCUGUGGCAGGAGAUGUUGUUUGGAUUGAUGUGGAAUCUCUUUAAUCCUAUUUCAGUCUGGAUAAUGUUGAUUAAACACGUGAGUGUGCUUUACAAGAAAGCAGGCUCACAAAAAAUCCACCUGAAAUCUGGAUGUUUUUAAAUUUUGUUCACGAUAGAAUGGGUUUAAAAUUGAAACACUGAGACAGUCCAUGUGCUAAAUCCUCUCCCAAAUAGUUUAAAUCAUCACAUGUAGCAUUCCAGUUCACACCGUGUCUGUAGAAGUGAACCAAGUAAUAGCUAUUUUACCAAAAUAGUCCAUGAAACAUCAAAUAAUUAUAAUGAGGAAAGCUGUUUGGUGUUUGGUGGAUGUAUGGUCAGAAAAUAUUUAAGAUUUAAGAUUCUUUUAUUGCCAUUCAGCAGUGUUGGGAGUAGUUGGGUUCAGUACAGCUCAACAAACAACCAAUAAUAAUAAACUAAACUAUAAGGUGUAGGGCAAAACAAUACAUGCAAGGCAUUAGAGACACUACAAGUGUUCUUAACAACAUGAGUAAUAGGAUCCCAA